AUGAAACUAUCCUUUGGUCAUUUAUAUGGAAACUUAUGCAAAAAAGGCUUUUAUUUUUGUCGUUGAUUUUUCCCUUAACUAGUUGACACAGAUAGAUAGAUAGAUAGAUAGAUAGAUAGAUAGAUAGAUAGAUAGAUAGAUAGAUAGAUAGAUAGAUAGAUAGAUAGAUAGAUGUCAGUAUUGGACAAAAUUUGUGUAUCAUUGUGUCUUGGUAAACAGACAGGAAACCUGGGAGGGGUUUCUUCAGUUUUAGCUGCAUGGUUUAAACAUCAUGCCGCUAGAUGGCCGUGUCUUUCUGCUUUUUGAGAACAAACCUCAAACCUGGCAAUUCACAUCCCAAGAAACUAUUUGCUUUACCAUUAGACAACCUCCAAAAGCAGCACCAAACGGAUUCUUAACACCAAGGGGGGGUUGGAUAACUCAGAAAAGAGGACCUUGAAUCCACGCAGUGAACAUCGAAAGUGAAUUUGUAAAUCCGGGACGUACUUCGGUGUCAUACAUUUGGAAAACUCUUUCAUUUUGUACGUUUUAUUCGAAGCGCGCAUUAACGCUAGUGAUGGAUACAUAUUUUUGACAGCAUUUGGUAUUAUUGACAUGGGCGGGUUAUUACGUAGGCUAUAAGGGGAGAUGUGGAGAAUACAUGUCGAACUUUUUUUUUUAGCGUUGUUUAAACUUAUUGGACAUUGAAAUGACAACGUUUUUUCACCCGAGUUAAAACGACACCCUGCUCAUUAGAUUUAAGCCCCACAGCUAUCGAUUGCCCGAUGGAUCUCGAUCGGAUCGAAAGAAACUUUUACAUCUGAUUUGUCACGAGCAGUUUGCAAGCUUCGGAUUUCGACAGUUUAGCAUGGAUCUAUUGAGAUUUGCCAGACACUGUAUGUAUAUUGCAUGGCUUGGCUACUUGUGGAGGAGUGCAGCAGAUCAGCCCAGCCUGACAAACCACCUGCAGUCUGCCAAUGGACUAUCCGAACUGUGUGGUAUCGAUGAGCUUCUUUGCAAUGAUGAAAACGCCCUGCUAAGUUUCGAGGCCAUCCGCAGCAUUCACAAAGACAUGGACGAUGAUGCAGACGGCAGUGUGGACGUGACAGAGACGGAUGGGUUUCUAAGAGAAGACCUGAAGUACCACGACCCUAAAGGAAAACACAGCAGCUUCCAUAGAGCAGAUAUGUUGAUCACAGUGGAGGACAUGUGGAAUUCCUGGAAGGCCUCUGAAGUGUAUAGUUGGACAGUAGAGGAAGCUGAAGACUGGCUCAUUAACUGUGUGGAGUUACCUCAGUAUGUUGAUUCCUUCAGGAAAAAUGACAUCAGUGGAAAAGCUCUACCCAGACUCGCAGUGAAAAAUGCCACCCUGCUUUUGUCCGUGCUGAAGAUACCAGACCGCAGUCAUGCACAGAAACUACAGCUGAAGGCUCUGGACACUGUGCUUUUUGGAUCUCCAACGAGCAGGAAGAGUCACUUGAAAGACUUGAUGCUGGUGGUGUCUAUCGUGAUUGGAGUGGGGGGCUGCUGGUUCGCCUACAUGCAGAACCGGAAUUCCAGGGACCACAUUGGCCAGAUGAUGAAGGACCUCGAAGGGCUUCAGAGAGCUGAGCAGAGCCUGCUGGACCUGCAGCAGAAGCUGCAGAUUGCACAGAAAGAACAUCACACGGUGGCCGAGGAGAAGGUCAACCUGGAGCGGGAGAUGCGAGGCGAGAUUGUCGCAGCCAAGCAGGAGGCACAAAGACUACGAGAACUGCGUGAGGGAACCGAGAACGAGUUGAGCAGACAGAAAUAUGCAGAGCAGGAGCUGGAACAGGUACGAAUGGCUCUGAAGAAGGCUGAAAGGGAGCUGGAGCUGAGGAGCGGCUGGUCUCCUCCUGAAGCUCUGCAGAAAUGGCUGCAGCUCACACACGAGGUGGAAGUACAGUACUACAACAUUAAGAAACAGCAAGCGGAAAGACAGCUCAUAGUGGCUAAAGAAGGGGCGGAAAAAAUCAAGAAGAAGAGAGGAACUCUCUUUGGGACGUUUCACGUGGCCCACAGUUCUUCACUGGACGAUGUCGAUCACAAAAUCCUCUCAGCCAAGCAGGCUCUGGGAGAAGUGACCGCUGCUCUGAGAGAAAAGCUUCAUCGAUGGCAGCAAAUUGAGAUUUUGACAGGGUUUAAUAUCGUCAAUAAUCCCGGCAUUUCGUCUCUGGCCUCUGCCCUCAACCUGGACCCUGCUUUCCUGGGCAUCCGACCCCCUGUACCCCAACACCUACUGCUAUCCGAUGACCUAGACGACAUGGACGAGGACAUACUCUCCCCAGGAACCCUGCAAUAUGCCGCCUGGCAGAUGGAUCGGCGAGUGAGCGACCUUUGGCCUGUGGCUUCCGAGAGCCAAUCCCUGUGGAAACCAAUCCUUUCUGCUCCCAGCCUGAUGUCCCUGCGACCGCGACACGGAGACCCCAUGCUGAACCUGAGCUCUCAGAGGGAUCUGAACCGGUCCGAAUCAGAUUCUUCUCUCUCGGUGUCUCAGUACGGAGACGCCCAGCGCUGCACCUCAACUCCACUCUACAAUAAGCUGUCCAGAUCCAACGGUGGUUCCUCCACCGACAGCCCUCUGCUGCAGAAAAAGACCUUUGGCAUGGAGAAGUGUGCCAGCCUCGGAGAGAUCCACUCUCAGCCGUCUAGCCUCACCUCCGUCGACUCGAUGCGCUCUCUCAUCUACACCUCCGAGCAGGACGGCCCGUCGCUGCCAGCGGGAAAGGGUGGCAGCCGAAUCUCUCAGAUCACUGGCAAGAAGAACCUAGGGGACGAGGACAGCUGCUCCACGGGAGACGACGCCGAAGGCUCCAGCACAGGCCUCAAGAAGCACACCUUUACCAAACUCUUCAAGAGGCCCAAGAAAUAACAGCAGUAUGAGGAAACGCCCGAACGCAGAAGAACUAAGACUAGCGCAACUGUACUCUUUAACCUCGAAGGGUUUUAGAAAGAACAUGUAAUUUAUGUGGAAUUUUUUGAUUUAUAUCGUAAUCGUGUUGACCAACGGGAACAGAAACAAGUCAUUUGUUGGGAACAGGUAUGAUAUCACUGUACAUUUAUUUAUUUGCUUCUACAACUAAGGCUGCGAUUCUCCGUUCCAGUCCUCGCGCCCCACCGCUCUGCACAUCUAGCAUGUUUCUCUUGCCGCUUCGGACGUUUCUUCUAUUCGAACGCAUGCGCCCUGCGAAGUGGACAUCACCGGAUAUUCCGCCACGAUUCCAGUUCGAAGAGAACUUGUACAUUGCAUUCGAAGUGCGUUGAAGUGUGAGAGCCGUAAUUGAAUUCGCAUUCAUCGCUUUACAGCGGAAAUCCGUAAAUGAAUGUUCCCGAAGUAAACUUUAACGGAUUUCCCCUGCUCAGGGAGUAGGGAGCGAUGAACACUGUGUAGGGACCAUGUCGAUCACAACACAGUUCAUGCGCGGAGCCGAUUAUCUGAAUCAGGCGCGUUCACAAAGAGAGACAUACAAAAUAUGCAGAGCGGGGAGACGCGAGGACUGGAAUUGAGAACUGCUAAACUAAGGGCACUAGAUGGUAUCGUCCAUUUUUGGUGUGAGAGUUACUUUGUUUUUACUCGUAGUUAGCGUGAGCUGGAGCUUUCACUCUCAAAACAAACACCGAACGCAUGCGAAGGCUGCCGGCACACACCUACUCUGGGCUGUUGUUUUACAUAGAAUUUGCUUGGAUUUCUUUCCUUUUCACACGCAGCCUAUCAUUCCCAGAGGAAACGUUUGGCCGUAAAUAUUAGCGUUCACAUCCCCAUGCAUCUGUGUGUUUGACGGAUGCAAGAAGGAAAAUACCUUGCUACUUUCUUCUCUGUCUGUUAUCGAAAUCUAUUUUAAAACUUUUACACGCGUUACGUCCUCACAGAGGAAAUGGGUGCCUUUGAUUUUAAGCAUUGCCAAAUGUUACUGCUGUGAACUGUCUGUGCGUGAGUCACAGACAGGAUAUGUACUGUAGUUCUAGUCUCUGGCUUGUAACUACAUGCCUUUAUCUUCA